UUCUAAUGGUAAUAUUGACGGCAAUCAGUUCACGUAUGGUAAUACUAUUCAGUAUAACUGCAACAAAGAUUACAUGUUGAUUGACGGAUCCCUAACCAGAACAUGUCUAUUAAAUGGGUUAUGGAAUGGAACAAAACCCAGUUGUGCAUUUUUCAACUAUUGCAGCAGUGUUCCAUGUCAACAUGAUAACAAUUGCACCAAUAUUCCAAAUGGCUAUAUAUGUCAGUGUGAAAAUGGAUGGUCUGGAAUAAAUUGUGAAAUCGAUGUGCAGCCACCUGUUAUGUCUAAUUGUUCAAAGGACAUACAUAGUCUAACAUCUGAUCUUACCAAAUCGGUACAAUGGACCAUUCCUGGCUUCACGGACCCACAUAAUACGUCUUUGUUAAUCACAGAAAAUUACGUCAUAAAUAACUGGACAUUUCCGUGGGGAGAUUAUAAUAUUAGUUACUCAGCUCUAAAACCAAUGAACGGACUUGUUACAGAAUGUUUAUUUGAAAUUAAAAUAAGACCCUUCCCGUGUCAAACAUUGAGUCUUCCAUUAAAUGGAGCUUUAUUGUGUAAUAACUGGAAAACGGAUUAUGGUCAAUACUGCCUAUAUUGGUGUCAAGACGAUUACACCGUCGCACGAGGAGUAGAUUCAACCAGAUGGUUUGUUUGUGGCGCUUCAGGCUCAUGGAUUCCAGGGGCGAAUAUUCCAGAUUGUUCUGGCAAGUACACACUAUUAGUGCUUUGUUUUAGCUACAACUUAUAA